AUGGCAUCAGGAUUAGAAUCAAAUCGAUGUUCGAUCUGUCAGAAAGCGGAUGGAGAAUGCAUGUGUGAUGGAUGUAAAAAGUACUUUUGUGUCAAGCAUUUCGAUCAACAUCGACAACAACUGUCGACAAAAUUCGAUGUUGGAAUUGUAAGAACUCAUGAUGAACUUUUUGAACAAAUCAACAAAAUCAAUCAACCGAAUACUAGUGGUUCGGAACUUUUCGGUGAAAUUGAUCGAUGGGAAACUGAAAUCUACGAAAAAGUUCAUCAAGCAGCUGAAAAAGCUCGUCAUCAACUUACUGAACUGCUCACUGAAGGGAAAGACACGUUGAAAAAGGACUUUGAAAUAAUGACAAAGGAAAUUCGUGAUCGACGAAAAGAACUUGAUUUUAAUGAAAAUGAUAUUGAACGACUUCAACAAAAGCUGAAUCAAAUUCAAAUAUCAGUAAAUCGACUUGUUCGAUCAACAGAAACGAAAGCGGUCAUAGUGACAAAUGAUCAAAUCAAUUGGAAUCGGAUUAUAUAUGUCGAAACACCACUACGCUCAAGCUCAAUUGACAUUCAUCCAAAUGCAAAAUGGAAGCAAGCUGGUGUUACUGUAGCUGGAGGAAAUGAAGAAGGCAAUGGAAUCAAUCAACUCAAUUGCCCUUGGGGUUUGUAUGUUGAUGAUGAGGAAACAGUUUAUGUUGCUGAAGAAUCGAAUCAUCGCAUAAUGGAAUGGAAAUCAGGUGCGACGAAUGGCAAAGUUAUUGUUGGUGGAAAGGGAAAUGUAGC